AACAGCCAUGCGGGUCGCAGGGCGGCCCCUGGCCUGGCAGCACUGUUUCCGCCACUCAAUUCCUCUGGCUAUCUUCCUGCUGCUGCUUCUUUAUCUCAGUGCUCAGAUCCUGGGUGAGUGUCCCCCUCUCUCAGCUGCUCUGGGAGGAACUCAGGAGUCCAAGCCCUGCUUCUCAGGUGCUCAACGCUCACUCCCCCUCUCCUCAGGGGCCCUCUCAGGCUGCGGAUCCAGGGCACAGCCCUGCAUUCCAGAGCUACCGAAGCCCUUCCAGGUCCAGCAAGAGUUGGGAGCCCUGGUAGUCCCACAGUGGAAAGAGCCUCUGUGUCUGGAACCUCAGGGGAUGCUGGGCCGCAUGAUGAGGCCAUUCCAAGCCAGUCUGAACCUCACAGGGGAUGUGGAGUUGUCGCAGUACUUGGCAGGAUGGAGGGAACUAGUCAAGCUCGUAACUCCCCUGGGCUCCAUCUUCACCUUCGCCACAAGCGAGGCCUCCACCAAGGUGACAGCCCUCGAGGCUCGGCUGCGCGGCCCAGACGCAGAGCACUACACUUCGCUGGCGGCCAUGGCGGCGUGGGAGCGGCGGACGGGCCUGCUGGGGCGACCCUGGUCCGUCCCCCGGGACUCGGCCCGGUCCUCGGGCUCACGCACGCUGCUCUUGCUGCACCGCGCGCUGCGCUGGUCGCAACUCUGCCUCCACCGGGUGGCGACCGGGGAGCUCGGAGGCCCGGACGCCGGCGCGCAGUGCAGCGACGCCUACGGCACGGCCCUGGCCCCGCACCACCCCUGGCUCAUCCGUCAGGCCGCCCGCCUCGCCUUCCUCGCCUUCCCGGGUCGCGGCCGCUUGCUCGAGCUGUCGUGUCCAGGAACCACAGAGGCGGAGGCGCGGACCGCGCUGGCCCGGGCCGCCGGCACCCUGGAGGAUGUCUACAACCGCACCCAGGGCAUGCUGGCCGAGCUCGGCCUGCUUCAGCUGGGCUGAGGACGGCGGCUGCAGGGGACCUGCAGGGAAGGGAGCGCCCAGGGGCAGGGCCAGCGAAGCCCAGGCUCCAGGC